AUGGCCUCUUGGACGCACGAGGAAGAGCUAGCCCUUGUCACGAGCGUGGUGGACGCGAUGAAGGGCCGCCAACCCGGUGAGACCCGUUACUGGCCGGAAGCUUUCGCUAGCUACCGGAACAACGUAGGAAACGACCGGCACAAUUUAAACGCGCGCCAACACAAGUGGCGUGAGCUACGACCGAAGCUCGAUCGUUUUAAAGCCUACUAUGACAGUGUCCCGGGCGAUAUAAGUGGUGAUGUAUUGCACACAAGCCUUGGAUUGCCGCCAGCUUUGAUUGUAAGCAUGGCGAAAUCUAGAAAGUUAGAGAUUGUGAUCAUGCCAAUUGUUGUGCAAAUUGAUAAGCUUGCCUUGGUGUUAGAGGAGAAUGAUGAUGUGGAUUCGCGUAGGAGCACAAGCAGGUUACUUCUUCAGUUUUUAUAUAUAUGUAAUUUUGUAAGGGAUGCAAUUGGACACACGGGUCGAGUUUCUGUUGGUACAACAAGAGCAAUCUAUCUUUCACUUGCCUGCUUGUUGAUAGGAGCAAUAGUUUUUGUGUUUAUCACCGAUGGAUCUCCAUUUCGUGCAGAAGUAUUCUCACCGUGCAUGGUCCCAUUGCUAACUGACUUUUUUAUCCAUAUCGUGACUUUCUCGGUGUGGGUAGCAUAUAAGGAAUCAAGUUGGAUAAAUGCUUUGGUUUGGAUUCUUUUAAUCAUAUUUUUUGGCGGCAUCGCUUUGUGUGCAUAUGUAGUACGCGAGUCGUUAUACCUCUCAUCUGAACAACCUGCUUAUCUUAUACUUUUCAACAAAAGUGGCAGAGAUAUGACGUUGGAUGCUUCUUUGCUGAUGGAGCAUGACAAUGUGUAAGUGACAUAUGCAACAUUUCUUUUCUAAGAAAUGAUGGAUUGCUAUUAAUAAAGGCUAUUGUGUGUUUUGGGUAUUGAUUAUAAAUCAAUAAACACUAAUAUUACGUGUAUGUGGUGGUAUUGUUUCUUUCUUUUUAUCUUGUGGGACAAAAACAUAUUGUAGUUCUGAAUGCAGGGGUAGACCCACGUAAAGUGGGUCGAGAUCCCUGGACCUCAAUGUUUAUUAAAAAAAUUCGUAGAUUCAGAAUAUUAAA